AUGGCAGAUCGUGUGCUUAAUGAUGACAUUCAAUUCAUGUUCCAUUGGAGUACCCCACAGACAUGUUUACGACACUAUGCAGCCACGCAGCCAGAUACAUGCAAGGCUCUGGGUAAGCCAAUAACCAGCUACAUACUUUGGUACUAUCGAAAAGAUGCAUAUGUCGCAUACUCUUUGGGUCACCGGUGAUCAAGUUUAUCUAUCCAUGGCUCUUGGGCAGAGCAGUUCCACUGGAUAUCGGGAAGAGUGA